UACUCGGUCAGACGUUAUAUGCGACAUAGGUGGCAAAGUGGCAACAACGGCGUCGCCGAGUGCAUCGCAAGAGGUGAGCACACAACGUAUUUCAGCGCUUCCCUGUGCUAAAAGAACUAAAACAUUUCCUGCUAUCAUUAAUACAGUGCGGUUGUGUUCCAUGUUAGAGCCUGCUUCCUACGAGCAUUUAAUCCGACUUUAACUGAGAAAGGCAUUUUUCUUGUAGCGAACAUUUAAAAAAUACGCUGAUGGAGAUAAUUUCAAUCAAUGGCCACGUCAUAAAUUCCACACGCACAUAUUGUUAAAUUUUGUCUCGUAGCUAUUUUCUUUACUUGUGAUGCGCAUGCAGGCACCGACAGAUAACAAUGGUAUUUUGCGCAUUAUUGUUCCUUAAUUUCAGCCUGUAUGAUUAACCAACGCCUUGCACCAUUAAGCCAAACAGCGCGAGUUGCUUAAUGCGCUGUCACAACACGGAUAUACUUAAGCGAUUGGUAAACUGCCGCGUCGCUUUUGAGGCACUUGACUCAUGGACGGACUUCAAAUACGUGAACGUAUACGGGAACGCUGGAAGUGACUUUUACCACCUGACGGUUCUGGAGCGCACCCCUGGCAACACAAGAGAUGUCGAACGUCGCUGACAGAGACACGCAAAGACCAGCGGCAAUUUGUUUUCUUUGUUUUGCAUUGUUGCUGGUAGCUAAGCGCGUCGCAGAAAAGCAGUACUUGCACCGAACACACGCAACGGGUUGCGUCUAUCCAAUGCAACUUAAGCUGCACAAGCAUUGAGACAAGAUAUGCUUUAGCUUUCCUUUAACGAACCGGACGAAAGCGCGUCGUCUGUGCCUGCUUCCAGGUUCCGCGAAAGCCUUUCCCUCACGAAACGUUGCGUGCGCACGGGUUCCUCGCCACACCCGCUCCAUCAUGUUCCUGGAGAGAGCGAAAGAAAGCGAGAGCAACAGUCCAAGGCUCGCGAGAACGGAUGGCCGGACGGUGCCCCCAAUCAGGACCGCUUGCAGCAGCUGUCGUAACGACAUCCCGUCCAAGCGCAGCCGAAAGUCGGGCCGCGACGUCGAGCGGUGGCAGCCCCCGCAGUUGUCGUUCGCUUGCCUUCCUUGCCGCAGUGCAGCCCGCAGCAGAGCAGCGUCUCAGGAAGCGCGCGUGGUGAUAGCACGCGUCCCUCUCCUCCGGACGGCGCUUCCGCGACCGAACGACAGCAGCAGCAGAAGCCAGCACACGUGCACCGCCAAUAGCCACCGUGCAUAAACAAGGCGUGGACCUCAGCAGCCUGAGCGGCGGCGCGACCGGCGGCGGCAGCCGAUAGCAUCGUCCGCUCCCGCCGCCGGCCACCCGCAAGCACGGGUGCACCGCCGUCCUUGAAGCUGGCCCACGCGCCCGGUGAAGCGGCGCGCAGACACGCCGCGGCCGUCGCAACGACGCCUCUUCCCGCUGCCCGGCGACGACGAACUUUCGGAUGGCCUGCCGAUCGGCACUUGCGGUUCUGUGGGUGACAGCGCUGGCGUGCUGCGUCUACUGCUGCGGGGCGACCAGGCCGUCGCCGACGCGACCGCACGGCUUCAAGACGAUGCGCAGCGCGCGAGGACCCCCGCCAGGCGGUCGCACGCCGGCGACCACGGGCCGGCCCGUCGUCUACCCGACGUCCGGAGAGCUGAGGCCACGGCUCGACGCGCACGGCAUGCCGGCCUGCACCGCCCGCGGGCUGGGAGAGAGCGCAUACUGCGUCGAGGACGCCUCUUACCCGACGGAGAUCAUACGGAACGUGCUGCAGAGCCUGAAUGUGGAUCUGAGCGACAAGGAGAUCCUGGCGCGGCAGCCGCUCAACCACGAGGACAGCAUUGACCAGCGCGUGUGCCCGACCAAGCGCAAGACCAUCUAUCCCAAGACCGCGCGCAGCGCCGACCACGAAUGGCUGUACGUGGUCAACGACGUCGAGUACGCCCAGGCCGUCACCAUCGAACUUUGCGCGGACCCGGAGUCGUCGUGCGACUUCGUGUCCAGAGGCCUCCCGCCGGGAUACUCGUCCGCGUGCCGACAGAACUACGCUUACCGCAAGAUGCUCGCCAUGCACCCGACCGAGAAGAAGGCGUACGCCGAAAACUUUCCCUUCCCGUCAUGCUGCGUCUGCUAUGUCAAAUUCCCGCCGCUGGCCGGACGCAGCCUGAAUCCGAGCCGCCGCGGCAAUUGAGAACAACUAUGAACAGUAUUGGACAGGAUGGGCGGGGCCUGUUCACGGCUCUUCCUUCUGCGCUGUUCUAGGCGCGUCAUUGCUUCGAAAUGACAAGCAUGUUGGACUUCGACCUCGUGGCCUCCCGAGCCGGCAUUAUAUGAGGCCGAACGCUCCCUUCCCCCCCUUCCCCAUCUACUAUUGGCCUCACAUAGGCCUUGAGACGCUCUUGCCGAGUACUCCCCGCGACGCAACCUCUCGCAACCUUUUUGUCACUUCUGUUGCACCAAGAUGUUUUCUGCUGCAUCGCUGAAGACCAGGAAGCCACUAUUGCCCGGUAUCCUUGUACGGUAGAGUGGAGCAUGUUCACAUGCCUGGCGCCGCAUCCACGGCACGUCAAUGACAUAUGGACCAAUGUCGUGGACGUGUGGGAAAAGACUCAUAAAGGAGGUGCAGCUUCGGGCGCCCCACUGUCCUUCUGAUUCAGUGUGAGCAUGCAUACUGUAUACACGUGCUUUUCAGGACAAACCUGCACGCCGACACUGUGCGAGAUGCUCCUUCGUAAAAAAAAAAAUUUACGUUGCGAGAGCGUUUUCAUUUGCUACCGACAAUACAUACACUGAACCAUUUGUGACAGCGCAAGUUCCAUGCGCGUUGCCCCGAAUUGCUGCUUGAAGCGCCAUAUCUCUGGGUAUACAAGAACGGCUGCGUUAAGGCGAAUCGCCGUAAUCCUGACCACCGAAGCGCCCCAGAGCUCAGAAGAGGGCGGAAAAACAGUGAGGAAAACUGCAGCCGAAUAAUGAUUUCCUGCUGGAUUCUAGUCCCGGCGCUCAGCUGUGUCUGCAAUCUGUGCUUUCUCUGGCGUAUUCAUCAUCAUGCACAUCUGGAAUCGUCGUCCGCUGUUUCUACGGGCCUUCUAGCGUAUGUGCCUCAUCAGCGAAUCACCACGCUAAUGUUGGAAAUAUUAAGCCAUCUGUACAUGCCCUAUACAACAUCGUAUGCUCAAAUAAAACAAAAGAGGUGUCAUCCUCCUCACACUACACGUA